AUGACCACAACCAGACAUGGCAAUUAUGUUAGCCCUAGCAAUAGUGCCCUAGUUUCAAUUUCAAGGGUUGUGCCUGUGUAUCCAAGGCAUGUGCAGCCUGGUGGGAGGGUCUUGAACCUCUCCAAUUUAGAUAGGCAGUGUCCUACCCUGAUGUACGUGGUGUUUUUCUAUAACCCAUCUCAGGCUUUCAAAGAUCUGACCCUUAGUUCAGUUUUCAGCAGCUUGAAAUCCGGGUUGGAAGAAACCCUAAGCUUGUGGUACCCGGCUGCAGGUAGACUGAGGGUGAACCAAAGUGAUGGGAAGCUGAACCUGUGGUGCAACAACGAGGGUGCAAUAAUAGUGGAGGCGCACACCCCUCUUAGAGUCUCACAACUUGGGGACUUGUCUCAGUACAACGAAUUCUUUGAGAAGCUGGUUUAUAAGCCAUCUUUUCAUGCCAAUUUCUCGAACAUGCCUCUGGUUGUUGUUCAGGUGACAAAAUUUGGAUGCGGAGGGUACUCAAUUGGGAUUGGCACUAGCCACUCGCUAUUUGACGGACCAGCAACUUAUGAUUUCUUGAGUGCAUGGGCUUCUAAUUCUGAAAUUCUGAAAGGAAUCAGGCAUGCCGGCGAGGUGGCAAAACCGGUGCAUGAGAGAGGGAUACUACUGAGUGGAAGUCUCGAAACCCCAAAAGGAACUGUGUUUGUGAAUAUGCCUUCAAACUCAAGAACCUCUAAUCAUGAUCAGCAGACAAAGGCCGUGGCAAUAGAACAUCUCUAUCAGUUGAUAAUGCAAGCAGCUUCUGAGUACAAAGGUUUUCAGCCGCAAAAUAUUAUUGGAGGCUCCGAACAAAACAACUAUGUGCUUGCGACCUAUCACGUAAGCACUUCGCACAUAGAUUACUUAAAGAGGAAACACUUCUCCAUGAGCACAGAUCACUCCCCUAUAUUUUCAACCUUCGAGGUUCUUGCAUCUCACCUUUGGAAGGCACGGACCAAAGCAUUGGGAUUGGGAGUGAGGAAAGAAAAGAAGGUAUGCUUGCAGUUCGCAGUGGAUACGAGGAACAAGAUGGUGCCCCCAUUACCAAAGGGUUUCAGCGGGAACGCGUAUGUUCUUGCGUCUGUCAUGAUGUCUGUGAGAGAAGUGGAAGAGGCAAGCUAUGGAAGGAUCGUGGAGAAGAUAAGAGAGGCCAAGAAUAGAGUGAACCACGCAUAUGUGAAAGCCUACGUGGAGGCAUUGGAAUCAGGAGCACAGGGAAGCCUCCCUCCUUUGAAGGAGCUAACCUUGGUUUCUGAUUGGACGAGGAUGCCAUUCCAUAAUGUCGGAUUCUUUCAUGGAAAAGCAGCCUGUGUUUCUGCUCUCGCAUCUCCAGUUCCACAGGUUGCUUAUUUCAUGCCCAACCCUUCUGACAAUGGAGGUGUUGAUGUCAGAAUUGGCUUGCACCCUCAGGUUGUUACUGCUUUUUCCGACUACUUCCUAUCUAAAGGCCAAUAGAAAGGCUACACAGAUAUAAUUUUCAGUUUGGUUCUUCGAAGUGUAGGCAUCUUAAUUCCGUUUCCUCGCAAAUUUAAUCUCUCUAUUCAUUGGUCUGAUAUAAAUUUUACUGACCAUAAGAUUUGGCCUAACAGAAUUCAUGUGAUAUAAGUGGCCAUGCUUGGCGUUCAGAAAAGCAGAAACGUUCGUGAAUUUGGGGACCAUGGUCUUCUUAUAGCUUUUCUGGACACUAAAUAUGGCAACUUUAUCGGUCCAAUAGCCACUUGUUUUCUGUUAAGCCAACUCAUGUCAGUUAAACAAGAACUCAAAUUAGAGAGAUUCAAUUGACUGGAAAAAAUGAAACCAUGGGGAACGAAAUCAAGAAUUUUACAGUUUGAAGGACAAAAUUGAAAAUUUGUGCAAUCUUUCGUGGGCAAAAAUCAUGAUGUAUUCUAAAAGUAAAGUGAUAGGACAUACAGUACUAUUUUAAAUUUGUCGUAUAGGGUUUGCUCGAAAAGCUGUCUCGGGACCGGAGAUGUCGUUCCGUAAGCGAUUACACAAGAACGAGUCGACAAAAUAAUGUAAUAAAUAAAAUGAAUGCCCUUUUGUUGCAUUGUAUGCCUAAGCAUUCGCAUUAU